GGAGGAAGGCUGAGGCGCCCGAGGAAGGCUGAGGAGCCCGGGUGCUGUCGCUGCCUGCAGCCCGGAGCGCCGUCCUCGUCCCCGCCCGAGCCCGGCGAUGGAUCCGGUCGCCGCGCCGCCUCCCGGCCCGCGCCCCGCGCCGCCGCUCGGGGGCCCCGGCCCGCUGGGCGAGUUCCUGCCGCCGCCCGAGUGUCCGGUGUUCGAGCCCAGUUGGGAGGAGUUCGCCGACCCGUUCGCUUUCAUCCACAAGAUCCGGCCCAUCGCCGAGCAGACGGGCAUCUGUAAGGUGCGGCCGCCCCCGGACUGGCAGCCUCCGUUCGCGUGCGACGUGGACAAGCUUCACUUCACCCCGCGCAUCCAGAGGCUCAAUGAACUGGAGGCUCAGACGCGCGUGAAGCUGAACUUCCUGGACCAGAUUGCGAAGUACUGGGAGUUGCAGGGCAGCACCCUGAAAAUCCCCCACGUGGAGCGGAGGAUCUUGGACUUGUUUCAGCUGAACAAGUUAGUUGCAGAAGAAGGUGGAUUUGCAGCUGUUUGCAAGGACAGAAAAUGGACCAAAAUUGCCACCAAGAUGGGGUUUGCUCCCGGCAAAGCUGUGGGCUCCCACAUCAGAGGGCACUACGAGCGGAUCCUCAACCCCUACAACCUGUUCCUGUCGGGAGACAGCCUGAGGUGCCUGCAGAAGCCGCACCUGGCCACCGACACGAAGGACAAGGAGUACAAGCCCCACGACAUCCCCCAGCGGCAGUCGGUGCCGCCCUCGGAGACGUGCCCGCCCGCCCGCCGAGCCAAGCGCAUGAGAGCCGAGGCCAUGAACAUUAAGAUAGAACCAGAAGAGACAACGGAAGCCAGGACUCAUAACCUCAGACGUCGGAUGGGCUGCCCGGCUCCAAAGUAUGAAAAUGAGAAAGAGCUGAAGACCUUCGUCAAGCAGGAGCCCGUCGAGAAGAACGAGCGCGUCGCGGAAAGCGAGCGGGAGAAGCCCAGGAGCCGACCGAAGAGAGCCGCCAGCGCCGUGGACCUGUACGUCUGCCUCUUGUGUGGCAGCGGCAGCGACGAGGACCGGCUGCUCUUGUGCGACGGGUGUGAUGACAGCUACCACACCUUCUGCUUGGUCCCGCCCCUGCACGAUGUUCCCAAGGGAGACUGGAGGUGUCCCAAGUGUUUGGCUCAGGAGUGCAGCAAGCCUCAGGAGGCAUUUGGCUUUGAGCAAGCAGCCCGGGACUACACCCUCCGAACUUUUGGGGAAAUGGCAGACGCGUUCAAGUCUGAUUACUUCAACAUGCCCGUCCACAUGGUUCCCACAGAACUGGUUGAGAAGGAAUUUUGGCGGCUGGUGAGCACCAUUGAGGAGGACGUCACCGUCGAGUACGGAGCCGACAUCGCCUCGAAGGAGUUUGGCAGCGGCUUCCCUGUCCGCGAUGGGAAGGCCAAACUCUCCCCGGAGGAAGAGGAGUACCUCGACAGCGGCUGGAAUUUGAACAACAUGCCCGUGAUGGAGCAGUCGGUGCUGGCCCACAUCACCGCUGACAUAUGCGGCAUGAAGCUGCCCUGGCUGUACGUGGGCAUGUGCUUCUCUUCGUUCUGCUGGCACAUCGAGGACCACUGGAGCUACUCGAUCAACUACCUGCACUGGGGUGAGCCGAAAACCUGGUACGGCGUCCCCGGCUACGCCGCCGAGCAGCUGGAGAGCGUGAUGAAGAAGCUGGCCCCGGAGCUCUUCGUGUCCCAGCCGGACCUGCUGCACCAGCUGGUGACCAUCAUGAACCCCAACACCCUGAUGACGCACGAAGUGCCUGUUUACCGGACCAACCAGUGUGCUGGGGAGUUUGUGAUCACGUUCCCGCGCGCCUACCACAGCGGCUUCAACCAGGGCUUCAACUUCGCGGAGGCUGUGAACUUCUGCACUGUGGACUGGCUGCCGUUAGGCCGACAGUGUGUGGAGCACUACCGCCUGCUUCACCGCUACUGCGUGUUCUCGCACGACGAGAUGAUCUGCAAGAUGGCCUCCAAGGCCCACGUGCUGGACGUCGUCGUGGCCUCGACCGUGCAGAAGGACAUGGCCAUCAUGGUGGAGGACGAGAAGGCGCUGCGGGAGACCGCGCGUCAGCUGGGAGUGAUCGACGCAGAGAGAAUGGACUUCGAGCUCUUGCCGGACGACGAGCGUCAGUGCAUCCGGUGCAAGACGACGUGCUUCAUGUCGGCCGUCUCGUGCGCCUGCUCGCCCGGCCUGCUGGUCUGCCUGCACCACGUGCGGGAGCUCUGCGCCUGCCCGCCCCGCAGAUACAAGCUGCGAUACAGGUACACCCUGGACGACCUCUACCCCAUGAUGAAUGCCCUGAAGCUUCGGGCAGAGUCUUACAACGAGUGGGCCUUGAACGUGAAUGACGCUCUGGAGGCGAAAAUCAACAAGAAGAAAAGCCUUGCCAGCUUCAAGGCUUUGAUCGAAGAGUCUGAAAUGAAGAAGUUCCCGGACAACGAUCUUCUACGCCACCUUCGCCUGGUCACGCAGGACGCGGAGAAGUGCGCCUCCGUCGCACAGCAGCUGCUCAACGGCAAGAGGCAGACCAGAUACCGAUCGGGCGGAGGAAAAUCCCCAAACCAGCUCACGGUGAGCGAGCUCCGGCAGUUUGUGACGCAGCUCCACGCUCUCCCGUGCGUCCUCAGCCAGACGCCGCUGCUGAAGGGUCUUCUGAGCCGCGUGGAAGAGUUCCAGCGGCACAGCCAGAAGCUGCUCGCCGAGGAGACGCCCAGCGCUGCCGAGCUGCAGGACUUGCUGGACGUCAGCUUCGAAUUUGACGUGGAGCUCCCGCAGCUGGCUGAGAUGCGGGUCCGCCUGGAGCAGGCCCGGUGGCUGGAGGAGGUGCAGCAAGCUUACCUGGAGCCCAGCUCCCUCACGCUGGAUGACAUGCGGCGGCUCAUCGACCUGGGCGUGGGCCUGGCCCCGUGCGCGGCCGUGGAGAAGGCAAUGGCGCGGCUGCAGGAGCUGCUCACGGUGUCGGAGCACUGGGACGACCGGGCCAAGAGCCUUCUCCGAGCCAGGCCCCGGAGCUCCCUGAGCAGCCUCGCCGCGGCGCUGAAGGAGAUGGAGGGGAUCCCCGCCUACCUGCCCAGCGGGGCGGCGCUGAAGGACUCGGUGCAGAGGGCCAGGGACUGGCUUCAGGAGGUGGACGCCCUGCAGGCUGGCGGCCGGGUGCCAGUGCUAGACACGCUGGUGGAGCUCGUCGCGCGAGGCCGCUCCAUCCCGGUGCAUCUGAGCUCCCUCCCGAGGCUGGAGUCGCUCGUAGCCGAAGUCCAAGCUUGGAAAGAAUGUGCCGCUAACACGUUCUUGAUGGAGAAUUCCCCCUACUCGCUCUUGGAGGUGCUGUGCCCUCGCUGCGAUGUCGGCCCGUGGGGAUCGAAGCGGAAGCCGAGGAAGGUGAAGGAGGCCUUGCCCGCUGGGAAGAAGCGAAGCGGCAGGCCGGGGAGCCUGAGCGACCUGGAGCGGGCCCUGGCAGAGAGCAGGGAGACGGCCGCGGCGAUGGCAGCCCUCGGGGCGGCGCGCCGGCGCGAGAUGGAGGCCCUGCAGUCCCUGAGGCUGGCCAACGAGGGGAAGCUGCUGUCGCCGGCCCCCGCCGCGGGCACCACGGUCUGCCUGUGCCAGCAGGCCCCCGCCGCCCCGAUGAUCCAGUGCGAGCUCUGCAGGGACGCUUUCCACGCGGGCUGCGUGGCCGCGCCCAGCGCUCCGCAAGGCCCCCGCGUCUGGCUCUGUCCGCACUGUCAGCGGUCGGAGAAGCCGCCCCUGGAGAAGGUCCUGCCGCUGCUGGCCUCGCUGCAGCGUCUCCGUGUGCGCCUCCCCGAGGGGGACGCCCUGCGCUACGUGAUCGAGCGGACCGUGAGCUGGCAGCGCCGGGCCCAGCACCUGCUGUCGUCGGGGAGCCUCGCGGCCGCGCACGGCCGCCCAGGCUCCGGGCCGCCACACGGCCGCUGGCAGGCCUCGGCCGGACGGGCGACGGAGACCAGCAAGGUGUGUCAGCCUCCGGGCACAGCGCCCCCUUCCUCGCCUGGCGACUGGGACGACAGAGCCUCGCACUUCCACGCUCCCUUCUCGACAGGAUGGAGCUGCGUUCCCCUCCAUGGUGUGAGUCCAGAAGUGAACGAGCUGCUGAUGGAGGCGCAGCUGCUCCAGGUAACCCUCCCUGAGAUUCAGGACCUGUACCGGACGUUACGUGCAAAGCCAAGCCCCGCCGCGCAGACUGACCGAAGCUCGCCAGCAAGGCCCGGCAGCGAGAAGAACGAGUGCUGCCGCGGGAAGCGAGAGGGAGUCAGCAGCCUGGAGCGGACGCCGAAGCGACGCCUGGACAGAGAAGGCCUCGCCCGUGAGCGGUGGGACCGAGCGCGAGAAGCGCGGACCCCCAGGAGGAAGAAAGUGAGACUGAGCCACCCCCCGGACACGGACGCUCUCCGGUUAGAGAGGGCGCGCAGCUGCGAGUGCGCCCGCCCCGCGGACGCACGUUCCCUGCCGUCAGACACGUCCCAUUCUGAGCAGGAGGACUCUGAGGACGAAGACGCCAUCUGCCCGGCGGGGAGCUGCCUGCAGCCGGAAGGAGACGAGGUGGACUGGGUCCAGUGUGAUGGCAGCUGCAACCGGUGGUUCCACCAGGUCUGUGUUGGUGUCUCUCCCGAGAUGGCAGAGAAGGAAGACUACGUCUGUGUGCGCUGUACCGGGAAGGACGCACCAAGCCGAAAAUAAACCCAAACACACCCCUCACUGUCGUUCAGGACUCCAACCGAGACGGCUUCAGGCUCUCAGCAAAGCUACAGGACUGGGCUCUAGACCAGCCUGGAAACGGUGCUAUUUCUAUUCCUUACGGAUCAUUUUUCCAGAACUCUUUGAAAAAAAAGAAAAAACAACUAAAAAUUUUUUUGACACCUUUUGUAUUUUUUUCCUUGAGAGAGGUUUGUGAUGGUUGAGGUUUGAAGUGCUGACUGUUGGCAGGGGUCCCACCCGCUUGGAGCGCAGCGGGCACCCGCCGCGUCCUGCACAGCACACCGGUGGGGCCCGGGCGGGCGGGGCCGGCCAGGGGUCUGGCUCGGUGUCCGUGCCCAGAGGGCCCCGGGGGCUCCCGUAGACCCUCACGGGAGGCAUUUCCCUCCUGCUUCCUGCUACCGUAUCGGGGAACUUGAAUUUUUCACUCUUGGGGUUUUGUUUCUUUAUCCACUUUUCUUUUUCCUCGUAGACUAGGUUUAUUUAUCUAAGCAAUAACUUCUAUGUUGGUUU